AUGGUAUUUAUUUUUAAGUUUAUUUGUAUAUAUGUCUACUGUAAAGCAUCGCUAAAUUGGUAUUUAUACCCGCGAUACGCUAACAAUAAUACAAUCGAAGUUAACAACGUUUCCAUUAGUAAUAGUCGGCAGUUUAUUUUAAUUAAUAAGCAGUUUUUGAUCAAAAUGUCUUUGCCACCGACUUUUGUUAAAGGUUUCCAUGACGAAAAUGUAAUAAAACGAAUGAAAUAUGUCAAAUUUGGGGCAACCGACUUGGUUGUCUCGCAACUUUCUCUUGGAACAGGAGGUUUUAGCACUUUGUAUGGAGUAUUUUCCCUGGAAGAAUGCAGAGCCACUGUAGUGGAUGCCUUAAAACAAGGGAUUAACUAUAUCGACACUGCGCCCUAUUAUGGCACUGGCGAAUCUGAAACCACAUUGGGACAGUGUCUAAAGGGAAUUCCAAGACAGGCUUACUACGUAUCCACAAAAGUUGGAAGGUAUGAAACGGAUCCAAAACGAAUGUUUGAUUUCUCUGCCAAACGAACGAGAGAAAGUAUUGAAAUGAGCUUAAAAAAAUUGGGGAUUGAUUACAUCGAUGUUAUAAAUGUCCAUGAUAUAGAAUUUGCACCAUCUCUUGAUAUCGUUUUGAACGAAACACUCCCCACAUUGGUGGAAGCGGUUAAACAAGGGAAAGCCAGGUACAUUGGGGUAACUGGCUACCCAGUUUCAACCCUUGCUGAAUGCAUCGAAAGAAGUAAAAUUAAAAUCGACGCCGUUUUAUCCUAUUCCAGACUCUGUCUUUUAGAUACUGCUUUGAAUGACUUUUUGCCGGUUUUUCAGUCCAAAAAUCUUGGUAUUGUUAACGCUGCCCCUGCUUGUAUGGGAUUGUUAUCAAGCAGAGGUCCCCAACCAUGGAAUAUUGCUCAACAGUAUAUUAAGGAUGCUUGCAAAACUGCCUCAGAAUACUGUAAAGAGCAUGGAAAUAUCGAAUUAUGUCGGUUAGCUUUGUAUUUUUCACUUAAUCAACCAGGUCCUCAUACCCAUCUUAUUGGAAUGAAUACCAGACAACUAUUGAAAGAAAACCUUGAUGUUUUAUUUAACGGGAUAACUGAUAAUGAGAAAGAAGUUUUAGAAUACCUACAAAAGAAUGUCUUUUCCAAACUUAAACAAGGACAUUGGGAAGGCAUAGAAGUAGCAAACUACAGAAAAGCAAUUUCCACCUAAUUUUUCUUU